GUUGAGCCCUCCUCGUCCAGGUUGCUGUGGUCCUCUCCUAAAAUUCAGUCCUGCUCACUUCUCUCCUAUCAGCUGACAUAGCGCGGCGGGCGGCUCUGCCUUGCUUCUCCUCUGACAAGGGAGAUACUUCAAGCAAGAGGGGGGGAAUCAACCUUUAGGUUACAUGUGUUAGUUGUGAGCAUGAAGGGGAUUUACAGGGACGGAUACUACGACGGAUCUAUUGAACUACGGGACGUCUUCAACAGGAGAUGCGUUAAAUGUGGCCGAGGGGACUUUGUCCAAGCCAAAACGAUGAGGAUAAGGACGGGAUUUGUUUUUUGGAAUCUCAUCUUUUCACUGAUGUUCACUUGUGUGAAAGGUUUUAUCCAUACUUGUGGAGGCACUUUAAAAGGGAGAAAUGGGACGAUAGAAAGCCCGGGGUUUCCAUAUGGAUAUCCAAAUGGAGCGAACUGUACCUGGGUGAUUGUUGCCGACGAGGGGAGCAGGAUUCAUAUAGUUUUUCAAUCUUUCGCUGUGGAGGAGGAAUAUGACUUUUUAUCUUUGUAUGAUGGGCAUCCGCACCCGGCUAACUUCAGGACAAGGUUAACAGGAUUUACCAUCCCUCCGCCUGUUACCAGUUCUGGCUCCAUUUUUUCAUUGAGGCUUACUAGUGACUUUGCAGUAAGCGCUCAUGGAUUUAAGGCAGCUUAUGAAGAGCUGAAAAGCAACUCGUGUGGAAACCCAGGGGUUCCACCGAAAGGCAUAUUGAAUGGAACUCUGUUCAACGUAGGAGACAAGAUCCGCUACCGGUGCGUCACCGGCUAUGUCCUGGAUGGACAUUCACUCCUCACCUGUGUGACCAACGCGGCUGGUGUGUCAGUUUGGGACUUCCCCGUUCCUAUCUGCAGAGCGGAGGACACAUGCGGUGGCACCCUCAGGGGCUCCAGCGGGCUCAUCUCUAGCUUCGAUUUCCCCAGCGGUGAAUCUCCAGGCACUGGCGGAGGUGGAGGUGCUGGAGGUCUGGGCAGCAGUGGGGAGUGUAAGUGGACCGUCCUGGCAGAUCCAGGUGACACCAUCUCCCUGGUUUUCACUGAAUUUCAGAUGGAGGAAAAGUCGGAUUAUCUGGAAGUAGAAGGAUCUGAACCACCAACUAUCUGGUUAACUGGAAUGAAUAUUCCAGCACCCAUCAUUAGCAACAAAAACUGGCUGCGGCUGCAUUUCGUGACUGAGAGCAGCCACCGCCAUAAAGGCUUCAGGGCCCAGUAUCAAGUGAAAAGCUCUGGAGAGCUUAAAUCCAGAGGGGUAAAAUUAUUACCAGGAAAGGACAACACUAACAAACUGUCUUUAAUGAAUGAAGGAGGAAUCAAACAGGUGUCUAAUUACUGCCCUGACCCAGGGGAGCCGGAGAAUGGCAAACGGAUUGGCUCUGACUUCAGCAUCGGAGCAACAGCUCAAUUUACCUGUGAUGAAGACCAUGUGCUGCAGGGUUCCAAAACGAUUACCUGCCAGCGCGUAGCCGAAGUCUUCGCAGCUUGGAGCGACCACAGACCCGUCUGCAAGGUGAAAACUUGCGGGUCAAAUCUCCAGGGACCCUCUGGGACUUUUACAUCUCCUAACUUUCCAAUCCAGUAUGAGAGCAACUCCCAGUGUGUGUGGAUCAUCACAGCCAGUGAUCCAAACAAGGUUAUCCAGAUCAACUUUGAAGAGUUCGACCUGGAAAUUGGGUAUGAUUCACUAACAAUCGGAGAUGGAGGGGAAGUUGGUGAUUCCAAAACAAUAAUACAAGUGUUGACUGGGAGCUUUGUCCCUGACUUGAUUGUCAGCAUGUCCCAUCAGAUGUGGCUUCAUCUCCAGUCUGAUGAGAGUGUGGGUUCAAUUGGCUUCAAGAUAAACUAUAAAGAAAUCGACAAAGAGAGUUGUGGCGACCCUGGCACACCUCUGUACGGCUACCAGGAGGGUAGUGGAUUUUUGAAUGGGGAUGUUCUGCGGUUUGAGUGCCAGUUUGGAUUUGAGCUCAUCGGGGAGAGGAUGAUAACCUGCCAGAACAACAAUCAGUGGUCGGCUAAUAUCCCCAUCUGCAUAUUCCCCUGCUUCUCCAACUUCACGGCUCCCAUGGGUACAGUGUUGUCUCCUGACUACCCUGAGGGCUAUGGUAACAACCUCAACUGCGUGUGGCUGAUCAUCUCUGAGCCUGGCACCAGAAUCCACCUGGCCUUCAACGACUUUGACUUGGAGCCUCCGUAUGACUUCCUCACCAUCAAAGAUGGGGACCAAUCAGGAGCCAUGAUACUGGGGCGCUUUUCUGGGGCUGAAGUCCCCUCCCACCUGACGUCCAACAGCAAUGUGCUGCAGCUGGAGUUUCAGGCUGAUCACUCUAUGUCUGGGAGAGGGUUCAACAUCACUUACAGCACUUUCGGGCGUAAUGAGUGCCCCGACCCUGGCAUACCGUUGAAUGCCAGGCGCUUUGGGGAUAAUUUCCAGCUGGGAAGCUCAAUCUCAGUGGUUUGUGAGGAGGGCUUCAUCAAGACGCAGGGGGCAGACACUAUCACAUGCCAUCUGGAGGAAGGCAAGGUGAUGUGGAGCGGUCUCAUCCCCAAAUGCGAAGCUCCUUGUGGGGGCCACUACUCAGGGCCGUCUGGUGUCAUCCUGUCCCCAGGGUGGCCGGGAUACUACAAAGACUCUCUGAGUUGUGAGUGGGUCAUUGAGGCUGAGCCGGGAACUUCCAUCAAGAUCAGCUUUGACAGGUUUCAAACUGAACUCAGUUAUGACUUCCUGGAAGUGCAUGAUGGUCCCAACUUGCUGUCUCCUCUGAUUGGCUCAUUUAAUGGAACCCAAGUCCCUCAGUUUCUGUUCAGCAGCAGCAGCUUUCUUUAUCUGCUCUUCACCACUGACAACAGCCGAUCAAACAGUGGCUUUAAGAUCUUCUAUGAAGUGGUCACGCUGGACACGUACUCCUGUAUGGAUCCUGGUAUACCAGUAAAUGGUGCCCGAUUGAGCCAUGACCUGUCAAUCGGCUCCACAGUGUCCUUUCAAUGUGAGCAGGGUUACAGGCUAAGCCACGAGGAGCCUCUGGUCUGUGAGAAAAACCACUUCUGGAGUCACCCACUGCCAACCUGUGAUGCCUCAUGUGGAGGGGAUAUCAGGGGACCUAGAGGGAUCAUCCUAUCACCUGGCUAUCCAGAGCUGUAUCCUAACUCGUUGAACUGUACAUGGACUGUUGAAGUGAGCCAUGGAAAAGGAGUCCAAUUCACUUUUCACACCUUCCACCUGGAGGAUCACCAUGACUACCUUCUGAUAACAGAAAACGGCAGCUUCGCCCAGCCGCUGGCUCGACUCACUGGCUCAGAGAGGCCUGUGCCGGUUAAUGCUGGCCUAUACGGGAACUUCAAGGCCCAGCUACGCUUCAUUUCGGACUUCUCUAUAUCACUACAGGGAUUCAAUAUCUCCUUCUCAGAGUAUGAUCUCGAACCUUGCCAGAAUCCUGGAACCCCCCGGUUCGGCUGGCACACCGGCUCCAAGUUUGGUAUUGGUGACUCACUGGCUUUCUUCUGCAACACGGGGUAUCGUCUACAGGGGGCAAAGGAGAUUGUGUGCUUGGGAGGUGGCCGCCACAUGUGGAGUGCCCCUCUGCCAAGGUGUGUUGCUGAGUGCGGAUCAACAGUCUCCAACAAUGACGGCGUUCUUUUGUCACCAAACUAUCCAAUGAGCUAUGACAACAGCCACGAAUGUGUGUACAGCAUACAGGUCCAAACAGGCAAAGGCAUCAACAUCACUGCAAACACUUUUCAGCUCGCACAAGGUGACAUCCUCAAGGUGUAUGACGGCAAAGACGGCUCUGCUGCACUCCUUGGCUCUUUCACAGGCACAUCUAUGCAGGGUCUGUCCCUUACCAGCACCUCCAACUAUCUCUGGCUUGAAUUUUACUCUGACCAGGAGGCAACGGCAGCAGGGUUCCGGCUCAUAUACCACAGUUUUGAGCUAUCCCACUGUGAUGAUCCAGGGGUGCCGCAGUUUGGCUUUAAAGUCAGUGACCAGGGUCAUUUUGCUGGAAGUGCCAUCACGUUUGGCUGUGAUCAAGGUUACACCCUGCAUGGCAGCAGCAUUCUGAAGUGCAUGACAGGGGAGAGAAGGGCUUGGGACAACAACCUGCCAUCCUGUAUCGCUGAGUGUGGUGGCGGUUUUAAAGGGGUUUCUACAGGGCGUAUUCUCUCCCCGGGGUAUCCCUUCCCCUACGAUAACAACCUGAGAUGCACCUGGACCAUUGAGGUGAACUCUGGCAACAUUGUCAGUCUUCAGUUUCUCGCAUUUGACACAGAAGCUUCCCAUGACAUCUUGAAAGUAUGGGAUGGCCCUCCUGAGAAUGAGAUGUCUCUGAGGGAGGUAAGCGGCUCUCUGCUGCCCGAGGGGAUCCACUCUACUCUCAACAUUGUUACCAUUCAGUUUGAGACGGACUUUUACAUCACCAAGUCUGGCUUUGCCAUUGAUUUCUCCAGUUCACUGGCGACAGCUUGCAGAGAUCCAGGUAUUCCCAUGAACGGCAGUCGCAAUGGGGAGGGUCGGGAGCCCGGCGACUCAGUGACCUUCUCUUGUGAUCCGGGAUAUGAAUUGCAGGGGGAGAGCAGAAUCACCUGCAUCCAAGUGGAAAAUAGAUACUACUGGCAGCCCAGCCCUGCAAGCUGCAUCGCUCCAUGUGGCGGAAAUGUGACUGGAUCUUCAGGAUUCAUCCUCUCUCCCAACUACCCACACCCCUACCCACACAGUAAAGACUGUGACUGGCUCAUUGCUGUCCACUCCGACUAUGUUAUAUCAUUGGCAUUCAUCAGCUUCAGCAUUGAGCCCAACUAUGAUUUCUUGUAUAUCUACGAUGGGCAAGACAGCACAGCUCACCUGAUUGGCAGUUUUCAGGACAGUAAACUUCCAGAGAAGAUUGAGAGCACUUCAAACUUCAUGUACUUGGCAUUUCGCAGCGAUGGCUCUGUGAGCUAUACCGGCUUUCAUUUGGAAUACAAAGCUAAACUACGGGAGGCAUGUUUUGAUCCGGGGAAUAUGAUGAAUGGCACCAGAAUGGGUACUGACUACAAACUGGGUUCUAUGGUGACAUUUCAUUGCGAGGCCGGUUACGUGCUGCAGGGCUACUCCACUCUGACGUGUGUCAUGGGCAACAGCAAGAGGCCAGAGUGGGACAGAGCCAAACCAAGCUGUCAAGCUCCCUGUGGAGGUCAUUUCACCGGUUCAGAGGGAACUGUGCUGUCCCCAAACUACCCACAUAAUUACACCCGAGGCCAGAGCUGCAUCUAUGACAUCUUUGUCCCCGGAGACUUUGUGCUGUUUGGUCAGUUUGUGGUUUUCCAGACUUUAAACACCGAUAUUGUUGACAUCUUUGAUGGAUCUUCCACUGAUUCAGCACUCCUCUCCUCCAUAUAUGGAUCCCACUCAGGUGAGACGCUCCCUUUGAGCUCAGGAAACAAGAUAACGCUCAAAUUCUCUGCAAAUGGAACAGAAACAGCCAAAGGAUUUCAUUUUGUUUACCAAGCUGUCCCCCGGACGAGCGCCACUCAGUGCAGCUCGGUCCCUGAGCCCCGCUUCGGGAAGCGGAUAGGGAACGACUUUGGCACCAGUAUGGUCGUACUCUUUGAAUGCAAUCCAGGCUACACUCUGCACGGCUCCAACGCCAUCAGGUGUGAGGCCGUGCCCAACGCCCUGGCCCAGUGGAACGGCACUGUGCCCACAUGUGUCGUUCCCUGUGGGGGUGUGUUAACUGAACGCAAAGGUACCAUCCUCUCUCCUGGAUACCCUGAGCCGUAUGCCAACUAUCUGAACUGUGCCUGGAAAAUCUCUGUUCCCGAGGGAGCUGGCAUCCAAAUUCAAGUUGUGACCUUCGCCACAGAACACAACUGGGACUCGCUUGAUUUUUUUGACGGGGUUGAUGGCAAUGCUCCAAGGCUGGGUAGCUACUCAGGUACAACAAUCCCUCAACUUCUGAACAGCACUUCCAACAACUUGUACUUGACCUUCCAGUCUGACAUCAGUGUUUCUGCCGCUGGCUUUCACCUGGAGUACACAGCAAUAGGUUUGGAUUCGUGCCCAGAGCCGCUGCCUCCCAGUAACGGCCAAAGAGUGGGUGACCGUUACACUGUGGGUGACAUGGUGUCCUUCCAGUGUGAUCAAGGCUUCUCAUUGCAGGGUAAUGCAUAUAUUACCUGCAUGCCUGGGCCCGUCAGAAGGUGGAAUUACCCCGUGCCUCUGUGUUUAGCUCAGUGUGGCGGCUCCAUGACAGACUUCAGCGGCGUCAUCCUCAGCCCAGGCUUCCCAGGGAAUUACCAGAGCAGCCUGGACUGCAGCUGGAGAGUUCAACUCCCUGUUGGCUUUGGAAUCCAUCUGCAGUUUCUGAACUUCUCCACAGAGCCAGUUCAUGACUACCUGGAGGUUCGCAGUGGGAGCCUGGAGACAGGAACAGUGAUUGAUCGGUUCAGUGGCCCCGUGGUGCCCAACUCCCUCUUUAGCACCACCCACGAGACAACGCUCUUCUUCCACAGCGACUACUCACAGAACAAACCAGGCUUCCACAUCGUCUACCAAGCAUACGAGCUGCAAAGAUGUCCAGACCCACGACCAUUUCGCAACGGCAUAGUGAUCGGUCAGGAGUACAGCGUUGGGAUGACGAUUUCCUUUGAGUGUCUACCAGGUUACACUCUACUUGGGGAGGCGUCUCUCACAUGUCUGCACGGUGUCAGCAGGAACUGGAAUCACCCCAUUCCUCGCUGUGAAGCUCUAUGUGGAGGGAAUGUAACAUCCAUGAAUGGCACAAUUUACUCACCUGGACACCCAGCCGAGUAUCCGCACUUUCAGGACUGCAUGUGGACAGUCAGAGUACCUCCUGGAUAUGGCAUCUACAUCAACUUCUCUGUCAUCAAUACAGAGCCAAUCUAUGACUACAUCACUGUGUGGGACGGACCUGACCAAGCUUCGCCUCAAAUUGGCCAGUUCAGCGGCAGCUCUGUGCAGGAGGGUGUGUCCACCACUGCCAAUCAGGUCCUCAUCAAAUUCCACAGUGACUUCAGCACCAGCGGCAUCUUUGUGCUGCACUAUCACGCAUACCAGCUGAGAACAUGUCAGCCACCCCCUCCUGUUGCCAAUGCUACUAUCCUAACCGAGGAUGACGAGUUUGAAAUAGGGGACAUCAUUCGGUACUCAUGCCUGCCAGGCUUCACCUUGGUGGGCAGCGAGAUUCUGACCUGUCGACUCGGAGAGAGGCUCCAGAUGGAUGGACCCCCACCAGUCUGUCAAGUCCAAUGUCCUGCCCAUGAGGUGCGUUUUGACUCAACUGGGGUGAUCCUGAGUCCUGGCUUCCCUGAAAACUACCCCAAUCUCCAGAUGUGCUCCUGGCUGAUCAAUGUGGAGAAGGGCUACAACAUCACUCUGCACUUUGAACUCUUUCAGACAGAGAAAGAGUUCGACAUUUUGGAAAUAUUUGAUGGUCCAAACAUCUACAGCCAGAGCAUGGCCUCACUCAGUGGUGACAUCGAAACACCAUUCAGCCUGACCACCACAGGCCACCAGCUCCUUCUGCGCUGGUCCUCUGACCAUGGCACCAACCGACGCGGUUUCCACAUCAGAUAUGUGGCGAUGUACUGCAGUACCCCAGACUCCCCACAGCACGGCUUUGUGGUGAGCCAAACUGGGGGUCAUCUCAACAGCGUAGUGCGCUGGGCCUGCGACCGGGGGUACAAGCUGAUCGGAAAGGGCUCAGCUGUGUGCAAGAACACCUCCUAUGGCUACUACACCUGGGACGCGCCAGUUCCCGCCUGUCAAGCCGUGUCUUGUGGUGUGCCCAGUGCGCCAGUGAACGGAGGUGUGCUGGCUGCUGAUUACUCCGUCGGCACUCGGGUGACCUACUUCUGCAACAGCGGCUACCGGCUCUCCUCCAAAGAGCUGACGACCACAGUCUGCCAGCCAGACGGCACCUGGAGCAACCACAACAAGAUACCCCGAUGCAUUGUCAUUACAUGCCCCAGCCUCAGCUCCUUCUCUCUGGACCACGGGAAAUGGAGGAUAGUCAAUGGUUCGCACUACGAGUAUGGAACAAAAAUAAUCUUCACUUGCAAUCCUGGAUAUUAUCGAGUUGGCCCUGCCCACAUCAGGUGCCUGGCCAAUGGGGUAUGGAGCUGGAGAAAUGAAAGGCCCCGGUGCAAAAUCAUUUCCUGUAGCGAUCUGCCCACUCCUCCUAAUGGGAAAAAAAUUGGGACCCAAACAACCUUUGGAGCAUCAGCCAUUUUCAGCUGUAACCCCGGCUAUGUUUUAAGCGGAUCCACAGUGAGAGAGUGUCUCCUGUCCGGCCUCUGGAGUGGGAUGGAGACUCACUGCCUGGCUGGUCACUGUGGUGUUCCAGAGCAGAUCGUUAAUGGGCAGGUUAUCGGGGAAAACUUUGGUUAUAGAGACACUGUGGUUUACCAGUGCACUCCUGGCUUCCGGCUCAUUGGCUCCUCAGUACGGAUCUGCCAGCAGGACCAUGUCUGGUCUGGAUUUCUCCCAGUUUGUAUCCCUGUCACAUGUGGCCACCCAGGCAGCCCUAUCUAUGGCCGCACCACAGGGGACGGCUUCAACUACAAUGAUAUGGUGCGCUUCUCCUGCAACAAAGGCUAUACCCUGGAAGGACCCUCUACAGCCCAGUGCCAGGCCAGCCGCCAGUGGAGCCAGCAGCCACCAACAUGCAGAGUGGUGAACUGUACUGAUCCGGGUAUUCCUGCCAAUUCAAUCCGGGAGAGCAAGAUUGAGCAUGGGAACUUCACAUUUGGCAGUGUGGUCUUCUAUGACUGCAACCCAGGAUAUAACCUUUUUGGCUCAUCAGUGCUCACCUGCCAGCCAACAGGCAACUGGGACAAACCUCUACCAGAAUGCAUCGAAGUGGACUGUGGCCACCCAGGUACCCCUCCUCAUGCUGUGAUGAGCGGCGACAAGUUCACCUUUGGCUCCACGGUGCGCUACUCCUGCUCUGGAGACCGCCAGCUCAUAGGGGACUCAUCGCUCACCUGUCAGUUGAACGGACACUGGAGUGGUCCACUGCCCCACUGCUCAGGCGACACAGCAGACACCUGUGGGGAUCCUGGCACUCCUGCCCAUGCCAGCAGAGAGGCAGGAAACUUCAAAGUGCGCAGCAAGGUGCGCUUCACCUGCGCAGUGGGACACACACUGUACGGCUCAGCAGAGAGGAUCUGCUUCCCCAACGGGACCUGGUCAGGCAGACAGCCUUUCUGCAAACCUGUUCAGUGCGGUAACCCAGCUACACCUGUACAUGGCCGUAUUUCCCGUGUGGAUGGCAUAACUUUCUCCCACUCCAUCAUCUAUUCCUGUAUGGAAGGCUAUUUCCUCACUGGCUCACCCACACGUCAAUGUCUGGCAAAUGGCACAUGGUCUGGCACAGCUCCAAACUGCACGAUGAUCACCUGUGGUGACCCCGGUAUUCCCGCAAAUGGACUUAGAUUGGGUGACGACAUCACCGUGGGCCAGAAUGUGACGUUCAUGUGCCAGCCAGGGUUUGUGAUGAUUGGAGGCGACAACUCUGUCACUAGAACCUGCACCAACAACGGCACCUGGAGUGGCACCAUGCCAACAUGCCAAGUGGUGACGUGUCCCACACCCCCGCCUAUCCCAAAUGGCCUCCUGGAGGGUUCAGUGUUGGAUUGGGGUACCAGCGUGAGCUACAGCUGCCUACCUGGCUAUGAGCUGUCCUUCCCCGCUGUGCUCACCUGCACAGGAAAUGGAACAUGGAGCGGAGACCUGCCUCAAUGUUUGCCCAAGUUCUGUGGAGACCCCGGCAUGCCUGCCAAAGGACGGAGGGAAGGACGCAGUUUCAUUUUCAAGUCUGAGGUGAUGUUCAGCUGCAAUUCCCCCUAUGUGCUGGUGGGAGCAACAACACGCAUGUGUCAGGAUGACGGCACCUGGAGUGGAUCUCAGCCUCGAUGUAUAGAGCCCACGAGAACCACUUGUGAAAAUCCAGGGACACCGGAGCAUGGCUUCAUGAAUUACACAACAGGCUUUAAGGUGGGCAGCAGAGUGGAUUUCCAGUGCCAACAGGGACACCUACUGCAGGGUUCCACCACCCGCCUCUGUUUGCCAGAUCUUACCUGGACUGGCACCCAGCCUACCUGUAUCCCUCAUUCCUGCAAGCAGCCGAGGAGCCCGGCCAAUGCCGACGUCGUGGGUCUAGACCUGCCCUCCUACGGUUACACUCUGGUGUACACCUGUCAGCCAGGUUAUUUCCUCUCCGGGGGCUCGGAGCAUAGGGUCUGCCGCUCUGAUGGUAGUUGGACUGGCAAGGUGCCUGUCUGCAGAGCUGGUUCCAAAUCACAUGAGAAAACUGUCAAACCCGUACCAGGGACACCAAGCCCAAAAAUAAAUGUUCCAGAUGACGUCUUUGCCCCUGAUUUUGUUUGGAAGGGUUCCUAUGAUUACAAAGGCCAGAAACAGCCGAUGACUUUGACAGUCACAAGCUUUAAUGCCUCGACAGGAAAAGUCAAUGUAACCUUAACAGACAGCAGCAUGGAGUUUCUGCUCUCUGGAGUGUACAAGCGCCAGGAGGCACGGCUAAUGCUCCUGCUGUACCAGAUGAGAGCUUUGGCCCACAGCUCUUUGAACAGGAUUACUGAUGAGACCUGGGCAAUGGAUGGAUUUGUUUCAGCUGAGCCUGAGGGCGGCAGCUAUGUGUUCCAAGGCUUCAUACAGGGUAAAGACUACGGACAGUUUGGACUACAGAGACUUGAUUAUCACAGUCACACUGAUCAUUAUCGGUGUGAUCAUUAUGGUUGUCUUCUACAUCAACUGGCUGCUGCGUCUCUGACUUGUCAUCUGUGUUUGAGCGUGAGAGAGAAUAUUACACUCACUGACCCUGAAACCAACGCCUCCACAAACAGCAGCUCUGUUGCUGUUGCUAUCCUUGUGCCUUUCUUUGCCCUCAUCUUUGCAGGCCUUGGGUUUUAUCUCUACAAACAACGGAAAACAGAUAAAGCUCAGUACACAGGAUGUUCUGUCCACGAGAACAACAACGGACAGGCCACGUUCGAGAAUCCCAUGUACAAUACAAACACAAAAGCUGCUGAGGGGAAAGUGGUCCGCUUUGACCCCAAUCUCAAUACCAUCUGCACCAUGGUUUGAUGUCUGCCGAGUGUGAGAGAGAAACAAAAGGAGUAAAGGAGUCACAUACAGGGGAGAACACAACUUCUCCUUGUUUGCUUAACAUAAAUAUAUAUAGACAUUUAUAUUUUUCCUGUUUCUGAUGGCAUAAAACAAAGACACAGAAUUGCUCAGAAACAUAAAGCACACUUUCAGCAACAUUUACUGCAGUUGCAAUCGAUCGUAUAAAGAAUCUCAAAGAUUGAAGAGGAAAGGGAAGUCAAAUACCUUCCCAGAUCUUCCCGUAGUUUGGUGAAGAGACGCGUUCUUUACACUCUGUGAGUGUUGGCUUUAUCACUAAAAGAGCCUCUAGCGUAUAGAUAAAAUAGAGUAUUUUAUGCUCUGAAGUAUACAUAUAGCGGGGUUACAUCACAAUGCCAAAUGAAAAAAUUCUACUUUUUCUUUUCAAGAAAGCAGCCCAGAUUUCGGCCCCUCCUUUUUUGUUCUCUGUCCAAAUGUUUUCUCGAAUGGAGAUGAGAAGCCUCUCGACUGUGAGCUGAUCAAUGUAAUCUUUAGAGUCUAUUUUCCAAGCAGUGGAGUGAGAUGAGGAAGUGAGAAAGAAAGGAAACCGCUUCUCUCUGAGUCGUAUUGGUGCUGUAGACUUUUCAAAGUUAUGUGGUCAAUUAUUCCAUCGGUUGGUACCCCCUAUGUAUGAAAAUUACAGAUAAGGAUUUAAUUACUGAAGCAUGGUGCAAUAUUUUUGAGUGCUGUUGGGAACGCAAGGACUUCUUUGUUCCACUGUAGCUUCCCAACAUAGUGAAAUAUAUUUUCUUGAAAAGGAAUAUAGUCAACAUAAGAGUGUAUUACCUUGCAGUUUGUAUUGAUUUUGAUCAUAAAAGAAAGGUUUUAAAGUAGUAUGAGAGUGUAGUCAAAGUCACACUCUACCUUUGUGGUGUUAUGAUUAUGUUGGGCUGCACUUGAGUAUUUAUUUAGCUCUUUCUGAAGUUUUACUGUUUUUAACUGUUUUCUUUUUCUGUAUUUUUCUUAGUUCACUUUGUCAAUUUUUGUCCCCACAAAUGCCAAAAUUUGGAGUGAAUAAACCCCAACCACGGGCUUGUAUAUAUCAUGUAUCUCAAAGUAGGAUCUCCUUAUUGAAUUGAUUUAUUAAACCACAUAGUUGAAAAUAACUGCACAGUUCCUACAGCUGGCCAGGUUUCCCAGAAGUUUAUUUAAGCCUGGAUGUCAGUAAAUCAAAGACAUAUCAGUGGACAGUCUGAGGGUGGCGGAGCUUGUCUUUAUUUUGGUGGAAAAAAAAAUAGACAUAGGUCUGCCUUACUCUACUUGUAUACCAAGACAGACCAAAUGCAACUUCUAAAUCAUGUCUGGCUCCUAAUAAACUGAGCAGUGUUUGUUGUUCUUUAGUUCUUUUGGGAAACCGUGCCUUAGUCAGUAAAUACCUGAUCUAUACUCCUACUCUGAGAAACCUGAUAAAUACACAGUCUUGGCUUAUUUUAUUGACACUCAAAGAUACUAAAAGUUUUAUUUCAUUAACUUACUGAACCAUCAGCUUCUGCCAACAAAUGUACAGAAAACAUGAAUGAAUUUGCACACUUUAAACAUGAGCCACAUUGAGUAUUUUACUAUCAUCUGAGUCCAUCCAUAUUUUAAAAAUGAAAAAUGAACUCUGACACUGUCAUCACAUUUCUACAUCAUUGCAGUGCCUUGAAUAAUGUAUGGGCAUAUGUUCUUAAUGAAGACAUAACAUUUGUUGCAUUAGUAAAACUGUAAAUCAGUGAAACUUCUCUGCACAGUUAGCAAUGAUCUAGCUGAGUGAUGUCAGCUCUGACGGUCAUAUGAGAAGAUGUGUGUUUGAAAAGCAGCUCAUAAUUUCAUACCUGUGCAUGUUGGCAAAAAGUGAUCCAGUAUAGCAAUUGCUGCUAUAGUACUUUGUACCACUACGUUGAUUCCUGUCAUUGCUGUUACAUUUUGUACAUUUAUACAGUUUUGAUACUUGAUGGCAUUCUUUGGCAAGAUGUCUUGUGUUAUCGAUAUGUAAUAUAUUUUGCGAUUUCAUAUUUCUUAUGGAAGAGAAGAGAAAAGCAUAUGGAAAAAACUAUAUAUGAAAGUCAGUCUCACCUUGGACUAGAGAAGAAUGCUUUUAAAUGUACCACAAUUGUUUUCCUGUUAAAAAAACGUGUGUAUAUUAAUAUGUAUAUACUACAAAAAUUUUGUAAAGAGAUAUAUUUUUUAUUCAAAUAAAGCAUUUGUAAGUUAUUGAAUAUGUU